CUCUCUCUUCUCACCACACCCUCCUCGUCCUCCUCCGUCCUCCGUCCUCCGCCCUUCUCCGCCGCUACAGCAACAGCCACUAUCUCUACAGUCUCCUCACUACCAUGGCCGUUUCGACCGACGACCUGUUCAGCGUCCUGGGGCCUGACGCCGGCCCUUCGCACGCCGUCCUCAGCCUCCAGCUCGCCACCUGCUUCGUCCUCUUCGCUGCCAUUUUCGCCUUCUGGCUAUCGCCCGGCGGCCUCGCAUGGGCCCUCUCGAAGGCACGCCCCUCCAACAGCGGCGGCGUGUCGGUUUCCCUGCCGGGCCCGUCCGGUCCCGUCCUCGGCCUCGUCUUCGCCUUCACCGGGUCGCUCACGCACCGGGUCCUCGACGAGCUCUCGAGGAGCUCCGGGGCCAGGAAGCUGAUGGCGUUCUCGGUGGGGCUCACCCGCUUCGUCAUCUCGAGCGAGCCCGAGAGCGCCAGAGAGAUGCUGAGCAGCUCGGCCUUCGCGGACCGCCCCGUGAAGGAGUCGGCGUACGAGCUCCUGUUCCACCGGGCGAUGGGGUUCGCCCCCUACGGCGAGUACUGGCGCAACCUGAGGAGGAUCUCCGCGACUCACCUGUUCAGCCCCAGGAGGAUCGCCGCGUCCGGGAAGUCCCGGGCCCGGAUAGGGCUCCAGAUGGUGGGGGACAUCAGGGCCCUCAUGGAGGAGCGCGGCGAGGUCGGGGUGAGGAAGGUGCUGCACUUGGGCUCCCUCAACAACGUGAUGUCCACAGUGUUCGGGCGGUCCUACGACUUCGGCGACCGCAAUGGCGGCGGUGGAGUCGAGCUGGAGCGCCUGGUGAGCGAAGGGUACGAGCUACUGGGCGGGUUCAACUGGGGCGACCACUUCCCGCUGCUGCGCUCCCUGGACUUGCAGGGCGUGAGGAGGAGGUGCCGCCGGCUCUGCGAGAAGGUGAACGCCUUCGUAGGGGCGAUCGUCGAGGACCACAGGAUGAGGAGGCUUAAGGUUGAGAGGAGCGACGAGGAGGACGAGAACGCCGGAGAUUUCGUCGACGUCCUGCUCGACUUACAGAAGGAGAACCGUCUCAGCGACUCCGACAUGAUUGCCGUUCUGUGGGAGAUGAUCUUUAGAGGCACUGAUACGGUGGCCAUCCUCCUGGAAUGGAUUCUGGCCAGGAUGGUCCUCCACCCCGACAUCCAAGCGAAAGCCCAGUCCGAGAUCGACGCCGCCAUCGGGUCGGCCCGGCCCGUGGAGGACUCCGACCUCCCAAGGCUCCCGUACCUGCGGGCCAUCGUCAAGGAGACCCUGAGGGUGCACCCGCCGGGCCCUCUCCUGUCCUGGGCCAGGCUCGCCGUCCAAGACACCCACGUCGGCGGCCACUUCGUCCCGGCGGGGACCACCGCCAUGGUGAACAUGUGGGCCAUAACCCACGACGAGGCGGUCUGGCCCGAUCCGGAAGAGUUCAAGCCGGAGAGGUUCGUGGCGGGGGACGGCGGCGAGUUCCCGAUCAUGGGCUCGGACCUGAGGCUCGCCCCGUUCGGCGCCGGGCGGAGGGUGUGCCCCGGCAAAGCGAUGGGGUUGGCCACGGUGGAGCUCUGGCUCGCCCAGCUGCUGCAGAGCUACAAGUGGGUCGGGUCGGAUCGGGGGGUGGACUUGUCGGAGCGGCUGAAGCUGACGAUGGAGAUGAAACAGUCCCUGGUCUGCAGGGCCAUCCAUAGGAGGUUGCAAGUUUGAUUUGGGAUAUCCCUGACAGUUUGUUGCGAGUGAUGUGGGAUCAUAAAUAUGAUGGGAUUAUGCAAGGUGGUCUCCUCCAUAAUUUUGUCAACUCUUCUAGUGGGGACUUAGUUUUUUAGCUUCUUCUCUAUGUUUUGCCAUACUAAUUUUUUUUCUUUGUUCUUUCUAUCUCCCUACUUUCUGCCGGUGCAGGAGUGUGUAAGGAAAAUGUGCUUUUGUAGUGCUUGUCGCUUGUCUUUUUAGCCAUUGAAGCCCCCAUGUACACAAACCACCUUGUAUAAAUGCUCAAUAUAAUCAGCGUUCGGGCUCCCUUAAGUUGUUGA